AUGGCUAGUCGUCCGGUAGUACCUGCUAAUGCCCCUGCCUGGAUCAAGGGUUGGGCAAAAGAGAACACCGAUUUCGUUCCUUCCUCCAACGCGCCAAAUUCUUCUGAAGCGUCAAGCGUUGCUGAAGCUCCCGUCUUUCACCAAGAUGCGGUUCCUUUCCCUGACUCGCAAAGCUUUUCUGAAGCGUCAUCGGUCCCUCGAGAUCCCCUCUAUCGCUAUGCGCCUACUACUCCUCCUGCUACUGAGACUGCGUCAGCUGUCAACCAGGAGUUUGUCGUUGACCAAGAUGUGCCUCCCGCUGCUGAGACUGCACCAGGUAUCGCUCCAGACACUGAUGGCAUCGGUCAACUUGGCGGACCUCAUAACGACUUCGACGAACCAGUUGAGCCAGUUGCGCGUACCGCACAAGUCGCAUGGGUUGCAGCUGAAGACCGAUUGUGCGAUAACGCAAAAGUCAGACUGUCUGCCAAGGCACCUGAAGUCUUCACUCUCAGAGCGCGAACUUGGAAGUGCGAGAUGGACAACAUGUUCUCCCCGUCAGACAAACAGCCUGAUCUCAUACCGACCGAUGGCGAACCCUCUGCCACGGAUCAGGAUAAGCUUCUGGCUGAGCAUGUCAACCAUCAAACUCGCACCCAAUUCGAGAAGCGAUCAGCCUCGCGUGGCGCAACUACCAUCUCGGAGUAUGCCAAGCAGCUUGCUCAGGCGAACCCAGAUGAAUGGGCCGACUAUCUCCACGCCUACCGACAGAAGCUCCAUGAUCCCGAAAUGUUCGAUCUCAAUCAUGUUCGGAACAAUCAGUUUGCUCGUGACUUGCUAUCUCACAUUUUGAUAGACAAGGUCAAGAUUGUUUGCUGCACCCCCAUCACUCUCGAACAGAUUGUGAGCCAUACCGGCUUGCAAGUGGACUUUGUCGUUAUAGAUGACGCCCAUCUAAUGACCGAAGCUAUGACUACUGUUGUCAUGUCCAAGUGCCCGCGUGCAUCCUUCCUCCUGGUGGGUGACACUAAGAGUCCACAGCGCGUACCUAGUCUGCUCGAACGCAUGGAGAAUGCUGGUGCCAUAACCUAUCACCUCAAGUCGGACUAUCGAUCAGGUCAGCAGGAAGGUUGA